AUGGCCGACAGGCAGGGGCGGCGUGUUGUAAAACGAUUACAUUCUUGUAAAAUUCGUGUGAAAACGAAGUCGACUACUGGAAAGAAGUUCUCUAGAGCUAUACCUCCAUUAGCUAAUAGAUAUUCUCGUCUGUCUGAUAACACUCCUGGCACAAAUGUGAACACAGAACCAGAUGUAUUUUCCUCGGAAGACUUCAAUGACAAUGUAGACACUUUUGACAAAACUCACAAAGCCACAUAUCCAUUUCUGUCUAAGCAUCAUCAACGCCGCAUUAAAGAAAACAAUAGUUGGAACGCCAUAAGGCAAAGUCUCUUAGAAGCUCGGCUUGAAGAAGAAGCAUUUGAUUCUGAUACUGAAAGAUGUGUAGCGUGUCAGAAGAAUCAUGCAUGUUGUCGGUGUUUGGAAUGUGGUCCAAGGCAGUAUUUUUGUCUUGAUUGUGCAAAAUCAACCCACGAAUAUCGAAAUUAUUUCCAUCAACUGGAAAUAUUUAAGGAUAGCUGUUUUGUGUCAUUAAUGAUGAAUCACUCUGUGUUGUCUUUGCCUCAUCAAAAAAACUGUCCUUGUGCAGAAGGAAGACUUGUUAUGUGUAUAGAUCAGAAUGGUUACUAGCACAAAAAAAUGGUUUUGUUCUGUCCGUGUGAAGAUGAUGCUGUAACCCUUGUGAAACUACAAUUAUGGCCUGGUUCAGCAACACGACCAUUAGUUGCUUUCCACUUCAAACUUUUGAUGAUGGCUGAAGCACUUCUAUUGGAGUGUCAUGUAUCUCUUAAGAAGUUUUGUGAUAUGUUGAAGUUAAAUAAAUCAAACAUGCUACCGAAAUGGGUGAGAACCAUAUCCAAAUGGUGGAUAAGUUCUAAAUGGAAAACAAAAUGAUCUAUUAUUAGAACUUAUCCACCGUUUAAGCUAAACGC